AUGCUAUGUGCUAUAGGAGGUAAGACCUCAUGCAACAUCAGCCACUGUUCUCAUCUUUGCUGUGAUAUUGCCUUCCAGUUCCAGAUGCCCUGGGUAAACCCAGCCUCAUUUGCUAUUCUGUCAGCCAAGUGUAGCCUAGGCCUUGAGCAUGUUAAAAUGAGGAAAAAUGACUCAAUGGAUGGCGAUGGCUCAUCGACAAAGCCUAAGACCAUAGCUGACUUGUUCAAUACUUUCCAACUUCUCCAGGAUCCUACCGCUUUUACUAAGGCAUCAGCCAUUAUGCCACCAAAGACUGGAGUGAAGUAACAUAGCAUGACGAAGACAUGGUAGAUUAUCGUUGACGAAUUUUCAUUAUAUUUGAGAGAAUUUUUAAGGUACAAAGGAAGCACCCCUGUGAACAAAU